UUCUAUACAAUGUUAACUUUAGACAUUUUGAUGUCAUAACUUUUCCUAUUUGUCAUGUCAGAUCAUUUUUCACAUAACUUGUUCAGCAUGUGUAUUCAUUUGUUUGUUUGAGAAUUUUGAGCUCAGAUCUUUGAGGAAAAGUUAAGUAUGCUUAAUAUAGCAACCGAUAUUUGCACUCCGUGUUCCGUGUAAGAUCCAUGUUUUAUCAUGUAAUUUACUGUAUUCAUUAUCACAAUAAUGAAUCAUUAUAGCUCAUUCAUAUGCUAUGCAUUACGGUUCAUUAUUGUUUUAUCCAUAAACAUCAGUACAGAUUAAUCUCGACUAUGUUGCAUUCUUUUGGGUGUUCUUAUAUCAGGUUUUUUUUUUUUUUUUGAUGGAUCACCUCAGACACUCUGCCAUCAACCUGGUCCCUUCUCACGUUUCUCCAUUUUCUCAAACUAACGCUUCUUCCCUUAGACUCCGCUUUUCUGUAUGCUAAUUCACGCAGGUGUCGCUAGGGGGCGUGUCGAAGCUGGUCCUAUAGCGAGAGGGUCAAACGGGAAUAUGCAAAUAAACCUGGCGCUGCGUCUUCUCAUUGGUCCACGGAUGUUACGCGGAGUGGGAGGGGUUUAACCAUCCGGCUUUAUAAAUAAACUCAUGUGCCGCCUUCUCUCUGUGUACUUCAGUGACAUGGUGUGAAAUCGGUGGGACGGAGAGGAAGAAAGCGCUGAAAGAAAAGAGUAAGCUGUUUUCAGGGACCUACGGUUUGAUAUAUGUAAACAAAAAAACAAAAAAGUAUAUCAGAGCUAUCCUGACGGAGGAGAAGGUACUCAGGUAGCUCAGGAUAUCCGCUGACAGACUUUAGUACUCUUUCUUUUGGCUGUCCCAUCGCUGGAACUUACUGUGAUUUAUUUGUUUUUUUUAUUUUUAAAUGUGUUUUCUUGCUGUUUUUACUGACUUUCCUAAGCUAAUUAUUCCACUUAACUGGACUGAUUAAGUGGCUGAUGGUUCCCUCAAGUUGUCGGUGCUGCUUUUGGUGACUGUUCCACGAGAGUGAGGAAACUUUCAGCUCCUUGUCCCUGCGCGAGGACUACUGAGCACAGCUGGAGAAAAGGGAUAACCGCACGUGCGAAAAGAAUCAAACUUGAGCAAACCUCAGUGUUUUGGCAUUUUCUACAAUUAACGCUUCAUCUGCAGGCGCGUUUAGAGAACUUGAAGAAAAGGCGUGGACAAGGCAGUUCUGAAGUGUCGGGUUCCUGUUCGUGCAUUUGACCCGAGUGAAGUUGUCAACAAGAGGAGCGCAGAGACGACCUGGCAGGUGUACAAGUGAGUUUACACGUGUGGUGUAAGUCUAGUCCUGCUGCUAUAAAUAGACGCUGUUUUACGCACUAAAAUCAGACAGGCAGCAGCUGUAGAGUUGUGCGUGAAACGCGUCACCCUUCCUGUACCGUCUUCACAGGACAGGACAGAGCCUCUCACUCCCACUCGCUUUGGCUCUGAGGCUGCACGUGUCCUCGCAUGGACUGACAUGGCCACGGACCUCGCCAUGAGCGCUGACCUGCCCAACAGUCCCCUGGCCAUCGAGUACGUGAAUGACUUCGACCUCAUGAAGUUUGAGGUUAAAAAAGAGCCGCCCGAGGCCGAGCGUUACUGCCACCGCUUACCACCGGGUUCUCUGUCCUCCACGCCGAUCAGCACGCCGUGCUCCUCCGUGCCUUCCUCGCCAAGUUUUUGCGCACCGAGUCCCGGCGCACAGCCCAUCCAGAACCUCGGAGUUACCAACAACAACAACAACAAUAACAGCAACAAUGGUGGAAACAACAGCAACAACAGUACUCAAGGCGCCACGGGCAAGCCCCAGCUGGAGGACUUCUACUGGAUCCCUAACUACCAGCACCACAUCAGCCCCGAGGCGUUAAACCUGACCCCUGAGGACGCAGUAGAGGCGCUCAUUGGCAAUGCGCACCACCACCAUCAUCACCAUCACCACCAGCCCUACGACACGUUCCGCGGGCAGCAGUACGUCGGCGAGGACCUGACGACCUCCUCAAACGGCUACCACCACGCAGCGCACGCCCACCACGCGCACCACCACCAUCACGGCCACCACACGCACGCGCGCCUCGAAGACCGCUUCUCGGACGAGCAGCUCGUCAGCAUGACGGUGCGUGAGUUAAACCGGCAGUUGCGCGGCUUCAGCAAGGAGGAGGUGAUCCGCCUGAAGCAGAAGCGGCGCACCCUGAAGAACCGCGGCUACGCGCAGUCGUGUCGCUACAAGCGCGUGCAGCAGCGGCACAUGCUCGAGACGGAGAAGUGCACGCUGCAGAACCAGGUGGAGCAGCUCAAGCAGGACGUCGCGCGCCUGGCCAAAGAGAGGGACAUGUACAAAGAAAAGUACGAGAAGCUCGCAGGCCGCACCUUCAACGGCGGCGGCAGCAACACCAACCGGGACCCGUCCACCGGCAAUCACGGCAAAGCCUCAUCGGCGGAUUUCUUCAUAUUUAGUUCCCUGUUUCCUGUUAUAAUGACUUCCACUCUUCUGGGAAAGCUUUCCACUAGAUCUUGGAGCUUGGCUGUGGGGAUUUGUGCUCAUUCAGUCACAAGAACAUUAGUGAGAUCAGGCACUGAUGUCUGCGAGGAGGCCUGGGGUGCAGUCAGCGAUCCAGUUCAUCCCAAAGGUAUUCACUGUGGAUGAGGUCAGGGCUCUGUGCAAGGACACUCCAGAUCUUCUACUACAACCUUGGCAAACCAUGUCUUCAUGGACCUCGCUUUGUGCACAGGUGCAUUGUCAUUGUGGAACAAAUUUGGGCUUUAGCUCUUAGUUCUUAGGAAAUUGUAAUGCUACUGCAUAGAAAUACAUCCUGUACAAUGUGGCAACAGUUUGGGAAAGAACCACAUAUGGGUGUGAUGGGCAGGUGUCCACAAACUUUUGGUCAUGUAAUGUAUUUUGGGACAAUUUAGAAAUUUUAGUCUAAAUUAC